AUGAUCGACCCCUGUGAGGCGCUAAUGUACGAGGCUGGGCAAUGGAGAGUCGGGGCCAGGGCUCACGAAACAAUUGCCGAGCUAGUUGAAAUGCUGGAGGACAACCGGCACGAGUUGCCUUCCGGCGCCAUGCUGAUGAAGAAGAUCAGCCGCCCGAAAUACUAUCUCAUCCACGCCGACAUUUUCAAGAAGAACAAGAUCGGCGAGGGCAACUUUGGCGAGGUGUCAAGGGAACUUUCCGGGCCGAGCGUCGAAUCGAGACCCCUUGUGCCAUCAAACUGUGAGGCGCGGAUCGCCAGGAUCCUCAAUCCUAGGAACAUCGUCCGCUUCUACGGCGUCGCCGUGCAACAACUGCCGGUGAUGAUGGUGAUCGAGUUGGCCGAAAACGGUGGCCUUCAGGCCUACUGCGAGAAGAACCCCGACGUUCCGUCCGACCAGCUGAUGGCCUGGUGCUCGGACGCUGCGACGGGAAUGGCCUAUUUGCAUCGAAACGAAGUUCUUCAUCGUGAUCUGGCCGCUCGAAACUGUCUCCUGGGCCAGGAGCUCGAGCUCAAGAUCUCUGACUUUGGCAAAAUGAGCGAUGGGCACAGCAUCAUGAGACAGCUCAUGCUAACGCAAAGAAGCCUGAAAGCAAAAAGGAAGACGACUACCCAUCUAUACGAAGAGACGCCGACCAUCAUCUACCGCGGCCACUACAUGUUGAAAUAUGACGGCAGCCAAUUGUUGGGGACCAAGGUCGGAGACGCCGCACAAGACGCAGAUGAGUGGAGGUUGAUGACCGUUCAUGAGGUUGGAUUCGCCAUCAAAUUCGACACCGAACGAUACCUGACAUCGAUCCUCGACCUAGUCCAUAAGUUCACAAUCGAGGAUGGCACCCUCAUGUACACCGGUCCCUUCAAGAACGUCUCUGUCUCGGUCAACGGAAAUCUUAUGGAAAACGUCGCGAGCCAGCGUCAACCGAAUGCCCAAAUGACAUCGAGCUUCACCGUGCCGCGACCCGACAUUUCUAUUGCCGAAUCCCGGUUUCGGAUCGUCCUCAUCAUUCAAGGGGUGUCGGUGCAGACCGGAGCAUACAUCGACCUGAUGGAAGAGACGCUGCUGGACCGCUUCAACAAGAUCAUCAUCACCCAA